UCGCUGGGGCCUACGACUGCAUUCAUCGACUAUGACUCCCAAGUCCAGCCUUCCAGGCCAUUUCAAGGUUCCCAGGUCUGGAGCGCGCCUUGCCUCAUUAGAGGCGGGGCCUGGCUCGUUAUGAGGCGGAUCCCAGGCACUUCCGCCUUCCUAUUGGCCCACCUCGCGUUGUGGGCCGGACCUAUUACACCGGCUUUCUUGAUUUGCUACCUCCCUGGCGCUCCCUGACCCGGACGCUUUCUGGGCCAAUAUGGCAGCGCCCAGCAACAAGACAGAGCUGGCCUGGAGUGCGCGGCUGGCCGCGUGAGUAGGUGAUUGUCUGACAAGCAGAGGCAUGAGCUGGGUCCAGGCCACCCUACUGGCCCGAGGCCUCUGUAGGGCCUGGGGAGGCAGCUGCGGGGCCGCCCUCACAGGAACCUCCAUCUCUCAGGUCCCUCGCCAGCUCCCUCGGGGCCUCCACUGCAGCGCAGCCGCCCAUAGCUCUGAACGGUCCCUGGUUCCCAGCCCACUGGAACCCCGGCAGAGGCCCACCAAGGCUCUGGUGCCCUUUGAGGACCUGUUUGGGCAGGCGCCUAGUGGGGAACGGGACAAGGCGAGCUUCCUGCAGGUGGUGCAGAGAUUUGAGGAGCACAGCGUGCGUAAGCGGGGCCACGUUGACUUCAUCUACCUGGCCCUGCGCAAGAUGCAGGAGUAUGGUGUCGAGCGGGACCUGGCUGUGUACAACCACCUGCUCAACAUCUUCCCCAAGGAGGUCUUCCGGCCUCGCAACAUCAUCCAGCGCAUCUUCGUCCACUACCCUCGGCAGCAGGAGUGUGGGAUUGCUGUCCUGGAGCAGAUGGAGAACCACGGUGUGAUGCCCAACAAGGAGACGGAGUUCCUGCUGAUUCAGAUAUUUGGACGCAAAAGCUACCCCAUGCUCAAGUUGGUGCGCCUGAAGCUGUGGUUCCCUCGAUUCAUGAACAUCAACCCCUUCUCAGUGCCCCGGGACCUGCCCCAGGACCCUGUGGAGCUGGCCAUGUUUGGCCUGCGGCACAUGGAGCCUGACCUUAGUGCCAGGGUCACCAUCUACCAGGUUCCUUUGCCCAAAGACUCAACAGGUGCAGCAGAUCCCCCCCAGCCCCACAUCGUAGGAAUCCAGAGUCCUGAUCAGCAGGCUGCCCUGGCCCGCCACAAUCCAGCCCGGCCUGUCUUUGUUGAGGGCCCCUUCUCCCUGUGGCUCCGCAACAAGUGUGUGUAUUACCACAUCCUCAGAGCUGACUUGCUGCCCCCGGAGGAGAGGGAAGUGGAAGAGACGCCGGAGGAGUGGAACCUCUACUACCCGAUGCAGCUGGACCUGGAGUGUGUGAGGAGUGGCUGGGACAACUACGAGUUUGACAUCGAUGAAGUGGAGGAAGGCCCUAUCUUCGCCAUGUGCAUGGCGGGUGCCCACGACCAGGCGACGCUGGCUAAGUGGAUCCAGGGCCUGCAGGACACCAACCCAACCCUGGCCCAGAUCCCCGUGGUCUUCCGCCUGGCCAGGUCCACCGGGGAGCUGCAGACAUCCUCUGCAGGGCUGGAGGAGCCGCCCCUGCCCGAUGACCACCAGGAAGACGACGACAACCUGCAGCGACAGCAGCAGGGCCAGAGCUGAGUCUGAGCUGGCGCGAGGGCACGGGCUGUGGCCCGAGGAGGCGGUGGACUGAAGGCAUGAGAUGCCCUUUGAGUGUACAGCAAAUCAAUGUUUUCCUGCUUGGGGCGCUCUUCCCUCAUCCCUAGCAGUAUGGCAUCCCCUCCCCAGGAUCUCAGGCUGCCAGCGAUGGGCAGGCGAGACCCCUCCAGCGUCUGCAGGCGCUUCUGGUUCUCCGAGUUUAAAUAAAAAGGGGUGGGGGCGCUGUUGGUUACGCGCA